UCCCCGUUUAGGAGACGCGCGGCCCUAACGUGUGCGGGCUGCGUGUGGCCCCGGCUGUUUAGUUCUGACGUGAUUCCCAACGCAAGCGCCCUUCCUCGGCCUGGAGAGCGGCUUCCGCGGCUCCUCUGAAGCGGCCCCUGGGAGUGGCUGGCCCGAGGCCUGGCUGGGAGCCGUGCGUAGGCAUCCAGAGACCAGCAAGAGCGGAAGCCCUCGUCACCCUAGGGCUGAAGAGGCAGCAGGCGCGGCAAGAGAGCCCCAGGGCCUGGCAGAGCUGGAGGCCUGGAGGAAGGGCAGCUCCAGAGGGGCUGUGAUUGGGAAGAGAUGCCAUCAGUGGCUUCCAGACCCUGAACACAAAGCAAGGAGUGGGCAGACGGGAAUUCAUCCAUCUCGCUCUCCUUCUGUCUUCCGUCUCCCCUGCCUUGUGUGGACCGAACCCAGCCAGGCGCCAGGCUGUUAGCAAGCCCAGAGUGGGAAGGGGAGUGUCCAUUGGUAGCAUCUGCCUCUUGAGUGUCGUUCAGGUGAUCAUGGUCAGUCCCAGGAACUCGAGCAAAUUGAGCAACCAAAACAUCACAAAGGAAAAGGAUUUUGGAUACUGUGCUUCCAUUCAUCGUGACAAAAUCAGUGAUGUGUUGUUGGGAGGAAUGCUGUUGUUCCCUGAUGUUUUAUGUUUGGGACUCAUCAUCUGGGCCAGUGGCUCCAUGGUUUUCAUCCUACACAGGCAUAAGCAGCAGGUCCAACACAUUCGGAGGACCAAAGCCUUCCCCAGGUCCUCCCCUGAGUCCAGAGCUACAAAAACCAUCCUUCUUCUGAGCUGGAAGGGUGUGUCCAGCGGCACCACCUGCCCCUUGAGUGUCUUAAGCCAUGACGAACAGCCCCAGGAAAUCCAGGUUUCUUCCUCAGACAAGAUCGAUCUUGAGAAGUCAAUCCUGUGUCAAGAAUAUGUUGUUUAACGCUUAGAAUCAACACCCCUUCCUGUGCCAUGC